UCGUCCAGGCACAGGCCGGGCCGUCAGAACAUUUUAUUUUUUCCCCCCUUUGCCUUUUUUUCUACAAAUUUCACAGAGAGCCCUGGUAGAACAGACCGCAGAGUGUAUAUGUUACACGUAUUGAGACCAGUAUAUAUAUCAUAUAUACACACAAGUGUUGCCAAGACUUUGGUGUGUUUCUCCAACACCAAUAGCUGCGUUUUUCCCUAUAAGAACUUUGGGAAUUUUGUUUCUCUCUCUCUCUUGUUUGAUUUAUUGCCGUUUGGGGCUAACGCAUUUCGUGGCUGUUUGGAAUCGGAUUUGUUCGGAACUCAAUUUUCUGCCUUUUUUCAAAACUUGUUUCUUUAUUUUCACUCGAGUUGUGGUCCAUUGGAAUCGUCAGUGUUUUGUGAGUGUGGUGCGUUGAGGCACUCGAGAAAGUGAAUUUUUCUUUUCUGUCCCGUGAUAUAUUCUUUCAACCAACACCCGGGACUCCAAUCAUACGGGACUUUGGAAAUCUUCUUCUCCCUGGAAGGAUAUGACCGGAGGAUCGUUUUAACGUUGGGAAAGCAGAAGAAGAAUAAAGACACCAUGGAGACGACGGCCGCCAAUGUCCUAUCGCCCACAUCGCGAUCAGAUUGCCAUUUGAACUGGGUGACCCGCGUUCCUUCACCAUUCCCGCCGGGCGUCGUUGAGCACCUCCCGCCCGACGGACGACUUCAUCAUCAAAGGAGACUGGCAGAGACUGCUGCAGUAGCUGCCGAAGCGGCUAACAUGAUGAAUUAUCCAGUUCAACAGCCAAAGGUUUUGGUGACUCGAACGACAGCCAAAAUGGAAGCCAGCGAACUGCGUCGCGCUCCCCCUCCGCCUCCGCCCAGAGGUGUCACACUCCGGGCGACUUCGUCCGUCGCCGGAACAACUCCGAUCGGCACCAGCCUUCCGCCGUCCUUGAUUCCGGUUUCCGUCACAUCGGCCGUCAAUCGGCACCACUUCAAAUCAACCAAUCCUGCCCCUUCGGCUCCAAUCGCCCCAGUCGCCAAAGUGAUGAAAGAAAACCUUCCAUCCGAGCUGGUCACUGGAUUGCCUGUCCAGCAGCCACAGCAGCCGCCGCAACACCAUCCGCAAGGCUACUUGGAAACACGAUACGCCUACAGCGUCAACGGAAUUCUAGGAUCGGCUGCCCAGGCCUCAGCCGCUGCCGCCUUCUUCGCAAGAGCGUCACAGAAAUUGAACUUGGCUUCGCCUCAGCGCCGGAAGCGUCACGGCUCGUCGGAUGGAGCUGAAUCGCCCAUUCCGGCGGCGGUUCACCGCUUCGGAACGGAUUUCAGCGGAUUGCUGCGUCGCAACCCUCCGCUUCCACCGCCUCACCUUCUGCGCCGGCUCGGUCUGCGGGAGAAUCCAGGCGUCGGCAAAGUGAGAGUGAUGUUGCGAGUGGCGGGCGACCCGACGGCUUCCAACUUUCUCAGCGUCGACAAAAAGCGCAAACAAUUGACGCUCCAGGAGCCCGGUAAUAACACGUCACUGACGUUGGCGUCGUCUUCCUCGUCGGAGAAAGACCAUCAUCAAAUCGCUGCCGAGGAUCGACGCGUGGGAGUGGCCGCACCGAAAAUGUUCGCCUUCGACGGCCUCUUCACCACCGCCGACGAUUCACAGGGCGACGUUGCCGCCUCGGUGCUGAGUGACAUUGUCACCGCCGUCAUCAACGGCUCGGACGGAUGCGUUUUCUGCUUCGGUCACGCUCAACUCGGUAAAACGACGACGAUGGUGGGUUCGUGUUUGGAAGACAUCGGUCCCGGCCUGAUGCCGACGGCCAUCGCUUGGCUCUUCCGCGGGAUUGGCGAGCAGAAGAACAAAACUGGCGCUAGGUUCUCGGUCCGCGUCUCAGCUGUGGAAAUUGCCGGCCCCGCCGAAGUUCUCCGAGAUCUCCUCGCUCCGCACGCAACCGAAUCCGAAGAAUCACCGGGCGUGUAUCUGCGUGACGAUCCUCUGCUGGGCACCCAACUGCAGAAUCAGAGUGAACUCCGAGCUCCGACCGCCGAAAAGGCCGCUUUCUAUUUGGACGCUGCUCUGGCGGCCCGCACCGAUUCCUCGUCGCCGGACGCCCGUUUCUCCCAUUUGCUCUACACUCUGCACGUCUACCAGUACAGCGUCGAUCGGACACCCAACCGAACGGGUGGACAUUGCAGCAGCAGCAGUGGCGCAUCCGGAGUGGCUGGGGGACGUUCCCGCCUGCAUUUGCUGGAUCUUGGAAGUUGCCAGCAAAACGGUCGGGCCGUGACAAACGGCCAAUCGGCCAACACAAUGACACUCUCCGGUCUGGGCAAUGUAUUGGUGGCUUUGUUCAACGGCCAGCGACAUCUGCCCCAUCGCGAACACAAAAUCACCCAAGUCCUCCGCGAAUGUCUGGGAUCGCUCACCUGUCAGGCGGCCUUGGUCGCCCACGUUGCAGCUUCGUCCGCCUACUCGGAGACCCUGGCCACCGUACAGAUGGCCUCCAGAGUCCAUCGAAUGAGGCGUAGGAGAAUGAAGUACAACAAUGCCGGAUCAGGCGGUUCGGGAUCAGGUGGAAGUAGCGAAGAUUCGAGUCGAUUGGGGCUUUCUCGAUCCUCGGGCGGUGAAAGCUCUACAGGCGGAUCAGCUGACCCGUCCAGCAGCGAGCAGUCAUGUGACACUGUCAUCUACGUAGGCCCGAUCGAUGACGCAACGGAUGGCGAACACCCACCCGUUUAUUUGCCCAGUCUCAAUUCGGGCGAUAACCGAUGCUCCAUGUCUCGGGCGCUCAGAGGCUCGACUGUUGAUCGGCCGUCAGUCCAGCAACAGUCCGGCAGGAGUCCAGUGCAUCACGCCAAGAAAGAAACUUCAGCCGCUCCUUCGCGAUCGCCGCAAAUUCAGCGCAAAGUAGCCAAAUGCGAUCCCGCUCAACAAACCAACAAGCAGAGCGGCAGUGUCGCCGGUAGCAACAGCGAAGAGCAGUGGAUCGACGGGCCGAGAUUCAACAAAACGCGCAUUUCUCAAGCUCGGAUGCAAGUGGUGCGUCAUCAACGGGAAAUGUGGGUCGACGGGCCGCCAGUUGAUCCCGCCGUUCAGAUGCUGCCCGCAGUUUUACCUGCCGUCGCUCCUCCUGUCAAUCAAACUCCGCUAGGAUACGGUUUCAUGGAUCAGCACAAGCAGGGAAUGAUACGCCAAUGGGUCGAAAAUCAAAGUGUCCAGCAGCGACACCCAGCGGUGCGAACCAGCGGGCAAAUGUGGAUCGAUGCUCAGCCCCGACCGGCCCCGGAGCCCGGCACUCCAGUCAAGGUCUUGACUGUUUUUAAGAUGUGCCCGGAUGACGAAGAUGAGGCGAAAGAAGUCGAUAGCUUGGCGCCCGUUGAAAAUAUCCGCUCGCCGAGAGCAAAUCGCCAUCCGACUCCAGUGAAGCAGUCUCGCAGAAAAGCCGAGCCUCUCUUAACGGAAGAAGUCACCGCCGCCGCCGUCGCUCCAUCCAAUCCCGAACAGUCAGUCUCUGAAGAGAAGCUCAACUCGUUGAGCGGCGUUGGCAGCGCCAGCAACAUUGAAAGCGUUGAGCCGACAGCUUCCAGCUUAACGCUGGAACAGCUCUACUCGCAGUGCGAACAGCUGGCAGACUCGCUUGUCCAGGAAGAGGAGCGAGCUGCCGCCGCCGCCGCCGUCGAGGAUUCCUCCACCGACGGAGCCUCCGAUGAUCUUUCAGCGGCUUUGGAUGUGACAUCCGAACAGGUUUCCAUCAGCUGCGACUCGUGGAGGCGUGUCCGGCAUCGCGACGAAGACGACAACAACACCGUGACGGAUUUCAAAGUCUGCGAAUCAGAGUCGGCUAACCAACGAGGUGGUCGCCUUCAUCAUUCCCCCAUGCACGGCCGAGGUGGAGACUACAGUCCCGAAUACAUCGAGGUGGAAGAGCCCGACGAGCCGGUGCCCACGCAAGACUCUUGUCUUCAAGUGACCGAGGAGGAUAUCGCGUUUUCCAUGAUGGAAGCCUUGGAGGCCAAGUGCAACGAUGUGCGCAGCUUGUCCAGUUUCACCGACGGCGAAGAACAUCCGCUGCGAGCUCUUUCGCACGACAACUUGACCAUCAUUUCCCAUUUUACCGGAGAAACUUAUUCGCAAGGGACGGCCUCCGAAUGGGAGCCCAUUGGCUCUUCCAUUUUCGACCCUAUGCCAUCGUCUUCAGCCAUGGAUAACACAGAGUUCUAUCAAACGCAACUGGAACAGCUUGCCAAAUUACACCAGCAAAUCUACCAGCAGUCAAUCGCCGGAAACGCUGCUGGAACCCUUCAUCCCACGCCACUCAGUGCUCUUACCAACUGUAAUAUUGGCUCAUUCAAGGAUCUUCCACUGUUGACACAAGACUGGAACAACGUGGCCGUUAGGACCUCGCCCGGUAGAAAUGGCAUGGGCCAAGACACACGUAAAGCCAUGGUCUCUACCAUCGGCAUGGAGCUGGAACGCGAAUUGGGCAUCCAAGACGCCCAUCAAGCUUCGAUUUUAUCUUCACUGAGACAUCCUGAUGGUGCGUCCGAUCCACAUUUGGAUCAGCAUUCUGGGAAAACGUACGAGGCUGUUCGCCCAUGUGAGCCGCAGCAACAAGAACGGUUGCCUGGCAACGGGGCGUCCACCUCUGAUCCCGAAGAAGAGGUCGCCAUCAAAUCUAAUUCGGCUAAUGUCGCCGUAACGACUGGCGACUUGGUACCUGAACGCGACUGCAAAGCCGUUGUCUUAGAGAGCAACACGGAGCACGAGAAAGUAAUUCAUCAUAAAACACCUAAGCUAAGCCGGUUCUUCUCCGGUUCCAAGAACAAACAACAGCCGAGCUCCGUCACUAAGCGCAACACGGCCACGAGCAUGAGUGGUAGCCCGGUACCAACUCCCAAAGCGUCAUCGUCGUCCGCCAAAGCAUCGCCCAAGGUCGAGAAGCGAUCUAAGAGCCGGGAGAAUACGAGUAAACACAAUUCACCGGCCAAGACGCUCUCCAAGUCGCCGUCCCGCAUCGAUCCUACCCCUUCCGUCUCGAUUCCCCCGUCUCCCAAGUCACAGUCGUCCAAAUCCAGCAACAAGAAGGAUAAACUGAAGGCGGCCAGUUCGUCGCACAAGAGUCCAAAGAAGGACUCGAAAUCCAGCUGGGACGGAAAGUCUUCUGCAUCAAAACGUGACGUCAAAUCGUACGGUUUCAGCUACGAAAGCUGCCAUCAAACGGCACCCAGUUCGCUGUGUCCCUCGGAGGGCUACGAAAGUGGAGGAUCAGAUUCCGGAGUUCACCUCAGUGCAGUCUCUCCCAUCAAGAAUCGUCGGCACGCCCAGCCGAUUCAGCAGCAGCAGCAACAGAUUCGACGCCAACAUUUGAUGCCGAUCGGCGAAAUGUCCCGAAAGAAUUUUUCCAGUGGGACGAGCACCAGUGGGUCGGGUGGCUCUGGAGGCUCCGCUGGCCAUUACGAGAGUUCCGGUUAUGAAAGUGUCAUUCGCGACAGCGAAUGCUCCAGCUUGGGUUCCAGUAGCCAAGAUUCGGAUCGCGAAGCUGUUCCCUUAGAACUUGCCAUCAGCACUGGCAAACAAUCUGCUGCUAUCGGUCAAUCAAGCAGUUGCACAAUACUUUAAAGGGACACGGAGAAGAGCGCGGAAAUAAGGGACCAA